AGCGCGGUUACCCCGGCGACGCGCACUGUUUGUGGUCGGAGGAGUCUUCGCGCGCCGCCAUGGCGAGCACACAGCAAUCGGCCCCGUGCAGCUCGCAGUCGCCGCCCGAGCAGCCGCUGCAGGUGAAGGUAGUGGGGCUCUUCAAAAGUUCCAGCUUUCAGAUUGCGAAGAGCGCCGCUGAGAAUUUGAAGAGUAAUUAUCCAUCCACAUUUGAAGAUCCUAUAAUAAUUCCUGUUCAAGAAUUUGCAUGGGAUCAAUAUCUACAGGAGAAGAAAAGGGAACUUAAGAAUGAAAUCUGGGAAUAUUCUGCCUAUGUGAUGUGUUUUAUUAAUGAUCAGCUCCUCGGCAAUGCCCUUGAUCUUCAGAAAUGGGCCCACAAGGUGUGGAAUAUAGUUGAUUUUAAGUCCCCUGCACUUUAUGAAGCACUUACAAUGGAUUAUUCUGCCAAAUUCUUAAGAGACACCAAGCAUGAUUUUGUGUUCUUGGACAUUUCUAUUGAUUUUUAUCCAAUUGGAAGACUAAUUUUUGAGCUAUACUGUGAUACAUGUCCCAAAACAUGUAAAAAUUUUCAGGUCUUGUGCACAGGAAAAGCAGGGUUUUCCCAAAGUGGCAUCAGGCUACAUUACACAGGUUCAAUUUUUCAUCGAGUAGUGCGGAAUGGCUGGGUACAAGGAGGAGAUAUAGUUGCUGGAAAAGGAAAUGGUGGAGAGUCAAUUUAUGGACCAACAUUUGAAGAUGAAAACUUCUCAAUUCCUCACAAUAAAAGGGGAGUUCUUGGAAUGGUCAACAAAGGCCAUCACAGCAAUGGGUCACAGUUCUACAUCACACUACAACCAACUCCCUAUCUAGAUAGAAAAUAUGUGGCUUUUGGGCAAUUGAUUGAAGGAACAGAUGUUCUUCAACAACUAGAACUGGUUCCCACAGAAAAUGAAAGACCAGUACAACAAUGUAGAAUUAUUGAUAGUGGAGAUCUUUAUGCUUAAUUUUCAUAUCAAUAAUUUCUGACAAUUUUUUUAUCAUAUAUCUGAUCCGCUGUUUCUAGAUUUAAUUAAACAGUGCUUGAUAAAAUUUAAUUUGAAAACUGUGGGAGACGUUGUAGAUUAGCUCACCCAACACCCACUCUUUCCCCAGUUUCCUAUCUUGUCUCUGCUGUAAAGACAAUAAAAGCAAGAUUACACACUAUUUCAGCCUCCUUUGCAGCUAGGAGUGGCUGUGGGACCCUCCACCCAGUCUUGAAUGCAGAGAGGCUGGAGCCAUGAAGGUCAGGCCAAGAGAACAACACAGAAGUCAGCCCCAACCCUCGAGCUGUGGAACCAAUACCAACAACUACCUACAUCUGGGCUUCUUACUAUCUGAGGCAGAUAGACCCCUGCCUGUUGGUUGACUCUUUUGUUACUUGUAGCCAAAACCAUUCUUAAUUUAGCAGCAGAACAUAAUGGCCUCUGAAUCCUAAAACAUUUGUACCUAUAAUAGAAUUAUGUUGUUGUCUGUAAUUAUACUUCUGCCAUAAGAAACUUGGUAAAUAACCGAAUAGGAAAGAGGUAAUAGAAAAAAAAUUCAUUGUAAUAGUUCACUGUUCAUACACAGCAUUUAGAAACGGGUACACACUUUGGAUGCCUUUAUAUGACAUGAAUAGAAUGCUCGUCUCUGAGCCAUUCUAACCAUACGAAAACCAAGAGCUUGGGUUAUAGUCUCUGGUGGUGGGUUCCUGAGAUGUUAUUGGGAUCCAGCUUUAUCAGCUGUUCCCUUAAGCUGAGAUGCUUAAACUCCUGUCACCUUGGGAACUUUUUCAACACAGGCUGCUGGACCCCAUCCUUGACCCGCAGAAUCUUGAGAUGUGGGACAGGGAUUGUAUGUACUGUCAGCUCUCCCCCCGGAGGUUCUUACUUAGUCACCUGGGCACUGGUUACUUGGGAAUCACUGCAAGAUGUAAGUAACAGGUUUCAGCCUCCUUUCUGUAGCCAGUGAAGUGCUUGCCUCUGUCAGCGGUGACCAUGCUCUGCUGCCACCAUCCGUGCUGUUGCACUGUUUUUCUGCCCAGAGCCAUUGAGCUUUUCUUGCCCUUAGCCAAAGCUUUGUCUUCCAAGAAUGAUCUCUCUUUGAGCCAGUCUUAAGGAGACAGCCCUCUAAUUGACUUGAAGCUUGCCAGAUAGCCAAAGGAUUAAAAAAAAUUUUUUUUCUUUUUAAUGGGGGUACUGGGGAUUGAACCUAGAGCCUCGUAAGUGCUAAACAUGUGCUCUACCACUGAGCUAUUACUCUCACCACUUUAAUUUUUAAUUUUGAAAUGAUUAUAGAUUCAUAGGAAGUUGCAAAAAUUCUAUAGGGCAGUCCUGUGUACGGAUCACCCAGUUUCCCCAGUGGCCUAUCUACACAGCUAGAGUACAAUAUCAAAACCAGGCAGUUGACACUGGUACAGCUGUCAUUUUAUCACGUGUAGAUCUGCGUGACUGGUACCACAAUCAAGAUACAGACCUUCUUGAGUGCCACAAAGACCUCCCUCAGGAUAGCCCUUUAUGGUUACACCUACUCCCCUGCUCCCUAUCAUCCCUACCCCCUGACAACUGGCAUAUUCUUUCUUUUUAAAAUAACAGCUUCAUUCAUAUUGGCAUAUACUUCUAUCCUAAGAUCUGAGAGGAGGAUGGGGAGAAAGCAUACUGCCUGCCUUACAUUCUCAACUCCCCCAAGGGCAGCAGAGUUAAGAACGUGUGUUCUAGAGCCAGACCGCCUGGGUUUGGAAUCCUGGCUCUGCCCUUUACUUGCUGUACGAACUCAGGCAAGAACUUCACUGUGCCUCUAUUUCCUCAUCUCAAAACAGUAGCACCUAUCCCAGAGUUGUUGUAAGGGUUCAAGGAAUCAAUCGUGUGUAGACACGACCUUGAGUAGGCCUGUAAGUGCGCGAUACAUGCAUGCUUAAUAAACUCCUGGUGCCGAGGAACUUGUAUUUAAAAAAAAGUUCCUCAAUGACUAACAGCUAGACUAAGGAAACACUGAAGAGGAGGUUUCUCCUCUUCUAUUCUUACGAGUUUUGGCCACCCUGAGAAUUCAAGCUGUUUAUAUGAAACCUCCAGAUCCGCUCGCUAGGCCUCUGGAGGGGUUUCUCUGGACAGAUUGGUAACAUCUCAAACAAAGGGACGCUGGGCUUGCUACAAAGACUCUCACCAACUCAUGAAGCAUGUGAUGGAUGAAACUGACGCUUUGCAAAGAUCAUGGUUAAAACAAAUUACAAGCCUUAGUCAUGUAAUAACAAGCAGUAGGGCAAUUCAUACUGGCAAUGAACCUGUAUAUUAGGGCAUAAAGCAUUUGUCUGAUACUAUGAAAGAACUGAGAUCUUUGCAUGGGUAUAAGAAACUGAUCUCAGCUCCCUUUAUUUUUCAGCUUAGCUGCAAUGUAAAAGUAGAACUCUGCUAACCACCGUCUAAAGGAUGGCAAGAUCAUGAUGCCUGUGUUUAAUUUCAAGUCCUACUUUCAGGCUGUGUAGAAACUUUAAUCACAGAUCUGUCUAUGCAGUGUUUUUUAUUACCAUCAUCACACCGUGAUACUUCUGUAAUAGAAUAUAUUCUGUCUUAAA